ACAAAGCACAAACACGUCUAAUCUCAAUCUGAGCCGUGAAGCUGCAUACCACAAAUACCAGCAGGCUGUUGUCUGCAGCACAGCCGCAGUCAUGUGCUCCACUUUAGGCAGCACAUGACUUUCUUCUGCGUCGUUGAUCAUCACGCUCCUGGAGGAUCAGCAGAGUGGGUCAAGUCCUGCUGAUGUGUCACAUGACCCGCUGGGCUUUUCAGUGCGGAAGGAAGAGACAGAUGACGCAGCAGGCGCGAUGAAAGUGUCCGCGGGACAAACUCUUACCAAACACCGGUGAAUGCGGCGAGGCCGUGGAGCUUUCAGGGGACACCGACACUGGAGAGACAGGACAGCACCGUCCACGCACUCAAUGCAUGUGGAGUUCAUGGCGUAAGUAGAAUACCCCAGUGAAGCAGGACAGGGGUGCAUCUGUGGUCCAGAUGAAGUGUUUAUUGAUAGCCAGUGAGAGCGCCGAGGUCCUCUUCCACUGGACUGACCCAGAAUUUCAGCAGAGCAUCCAGCAGCAGUAUGGCGCGUCGCAGGAGGAUGGCCAGGGGCUUCCAGCGUUUGAGGACAGCAUCAGCACUCUGUUUGCACCCAUCAUUAUCUCCUGCAGCACCAUGGUGGACAGGCUCGGUAACGGCUACUCCUCCUUCACCACGGAAAACAACCACAUCUACGUCCUACACCAGUUCGAUGAGUGUCUCUACAUUGUCGUGAACGGGGACGGCGAGGAGGGCGAGGACACUCUGAGGAGGAAGAUCUACGUGAUGAAGAAAAUGAUUGAGGUGCAGUUUGGUAUGGUCACCCUCAGCAGCCACCUCCUCAGAAAAGAGCUGCGUCCUCAGGACACGGAGCAGAGAUCACGCCUGUGGAAGCAUCUCCAGAGCCUGCUGGAGACCUACAGCUACCUCAGGGAGAACGACCAGAGCUUCUUAGUGGAGGCAGUGGAGAGGCUCAUCCACCCCACACUGUGUGAGCAGUGCAUCGAGUUCCUGGAGCGACGUUUAGUUCCGCAGCUCAACAGCAGCGUGGAGAGAGCGGGAGAGGAGGUGCUGCACGCUUUCAUCCUGGUACACACCAAACUGCUGGCCUUCUACUCCAGCCGCAAUGCGAGCACACUCGCCACCUCCGACCUCCUGGCCAUUAUCAUCAUGGCACAGAAUAUGUAUCCUAGCAACGUAGACCUGGAUGACGUCGGUCCUGAGGAUGUUGAGAGUACUUCAGGCUCCGGUCCUGAAAGUUUUUACACCCCAGAGCCGUCACCUACAGACAGAGACUCAAGCAGUUCAGACAAACCAGAGACAGGAGGAAGCGCCCCUAUGUUUGAGUUCAUGGACCCAGACGUCCAGAUGGCAGAGGACAGCCUGCAGGCUCUGGAAGUUCCUCCUCCGGACCCUUCCAGUCCUCGUAGAGUCUUCUUGGAGAUCUCUAGCAAAGAAGGGCUGUAUCCCAUGAUGCCUCACUCCAUGUACUGUCUGCCCCUGUGGCCUGGCAUCACACUAGUGCUGCUCACGAAGAUUCCCACCGGUGCAGUAGCCAUGUCCGUGUAUAAGUUUUUGGAGGCCUUCGCCAAGCUGGACAAGUGUUUAAGUGAAGGCCAGGACAGUUCUGCUGCGACGAGAGGUCAGCUGGUGAUACAUGACAUCCGCAGCAAGCUGGAUAAAUUCAUCAAAGCCCUGGGUCCUAGUGAGCUGCAGUCUGCACAGUUGUUAAAUGUCUGGACGGAGUUCAAGAAUCGAGCUUUUGCGAGAGGUGGACCUGGUUUCAACAGAGGUCUUAUUCCAUGGUGUACGAAAAUGAAGACCCAGCUGUGCGGCAUAUACCGACAGUGUUUUCUGUCCGCCUCUGGACCAGGUGACUUUCCUCAAUGUCUGCCCCCGAGUCUGCAGGAGCGAGCCCAGACGAUGGUGCAAGAGAAACUGAUGGACUGGAAGGACUUCCUGUUGGUGAAAAGCAAGAGGAAUAUCACAAUGGUGUCUUACCUGGAGGAUUUCCCGGGCCUCAUCCACUUUAUCUGUGUGGACCGAUCCACCGGCCAAAUGAUUGCGCCGUCACUCAGCAUCACCGAACGCACCACGUCUGAACUGGGGAAGGGACCGGUGGCUCAGUUCAUCAAAAGCAAGGUUUGGAGCCUGGUCAGCACGACACGCUGCUUUCUUCAGAAGGGUUAUUCUACUGUCACGCUGCGCGACGGAGACUUUUACUUCUGCUACUUCCUGUGGUUUGAGAAUGAAACGGGCUACAAGUUAGAAGCUGGGGACUUACCCGUUCUACCUGACGACUCCGCCCCAAUUGGCAUGCUUGCCUGGGACUACUACAGCAGGAAGCUGCAGCGCUAUUACAGUAAGAGUCACCAGGGCGAGGUGGUGAGGUGCUACGAGCUGCUGACCGUUCACCUGGGUGUCAUCCCCUCGGAGCUCAUCCUGCAGCACUGCAGGCAGCUCGCAAGCAAACUGUGGGAGCCAUCGCGCAAUCCACUGCUGUAGACACGGCUGCACAUUUGAACUGAGUCACAGAAGCUACUGUAAGGUACUCAGCAUUACUGCGUCACUACUGCCAAGAACACAUUAUUGUGUAUUUCUCUCUCUCUCAUGCGUGUACAAGGUUAUUAAUCUUGUGAUAUGGUGACCUAAAAUAGUAUAUUUCAAGCACUUAAGUUUACAGUGAGCACAGUUUUACAUGAAGUGUUUUGACGAUAUCGUGCCUUAAAAUGUGUAGCUUGACCUCUUUUCCUGUUUUUUUUUAAAUACUGUAACUGUGUUUAUUUUUUCCACUUUUUGAAAUUUCCCGCUAAUUCAUUUUUACAAAUGUAAGGUACUGGCCCAUUUCCUUGUGUCAUAACUUGUGUAAAUUAAACAAUGCAGUAAUA